CACUCAGUCACUGUGCUAUUUGGGGGAGUGGCGGCCGAACUGCCGAGCUCUUAUUCAACGUCGGAAAGCCACCUCGCCGUGCCGUCGCCAUGGGGAAGACACGCGGAAUGGGAGCUGCUCGCAAGUUGAAGUCCCACUGUAGAAGGCAAAGGUGGGCUGAUAAGGUAUAUAAGAAUCCCACCUUGGUAAUGAAUGGAAGAAACCAUUCACAGGAUCUUCUCAUGCAAAAGGCAUUAGGUAUUGAGGCUAAACAGCCGAACUCUGCUAUUAGAACAUGUGCACGAGUUCAGCUAAUAAAAAAUGGAAAGAAGAUUGCAGCGUUUGUACCCAACGAUGGUUGCUUGAAGUUCAUUGAAGAGAAUGAUGAGGUUCUGAUUGCUGGGUUUGGUAGAAAGGGACAUGCUGUUGGACGUAUUCCUGGAGUCAGAUUUAAGGUUGUCAAAGUUUCAGGUGUUUCUCUAUUGGCCCUCUUCAAGGAGAAAAAGGAGAAGCCGAGGUCAUAAGCUCCUGCAACAAGGCAUUUCAUCCUAUUAUUCUCAAUUAUGAAAGCUUCAUUGAUGAGAAAAUUUUGCAAACUUUGGUCUUCCUCACACCACUUUUCUUUUUCUGCAUACAACAUAGUGGAGUGACAUUCUUUUAUUUCUAUGAUGUUGAGAAUAUAUGCCAACUAGAAAU